GUGAUUCCAGCCGUGAUUCCAGCCGUGACUCCAGCGGCUCCCCGCAGGGACAGAGAGCGGGGGCGGCCCCGAGCCCGGCCGGGAUGAGCAGCAGCGCCCGGGGCUGCGGGGGCUCUUCCCAAACACUGACACAGCGGCUUAGAAAGUUUACAGAAUAAAUACUGUUUACUCUCGAAAGGGAGCUUUCCACAAGCCACGCUCAGGUGGUAACAACUUGCAUCCUUUAUAAAGCAAAACUGACAUGGACCCGCCUAUCUAAUCCACGCUCUCCGCCUACCUAAUGCAUAUUUAUCCGGUGAUGCAAUCUUACGCAAUGCUCCAAACACAAGGUUGUUUCCUUCAUUAAGCAACUCGUAUUGUAGAAGUUAUCUGACGCCAUCAGUUGCGUUUACACAAGUGCCUGCUGAAAGAUGGAUGAUGAUGACUUUGGAGGAUUUGAGGCAGCAGAGAGUUAUGAGUUUGGAAAUGGUGAAAAGCAGACCACGUCUCCUGCUAUUGCUUGGGCAGCAUUUCCUACAGUACCUGAAGUCCAUAGAUCUGAUGUUCUCCUGGAGCACUCUGUGCCUUCUUCCCGCCUGCUUCCUUCUGACUCUUUCAUUUUAUCAAGUGAUAAUGUGGCAAAAGCUAUUCCAACAGGGAAGAGUGUGAUAAAUCCAGCUGUUCCAGAAGAACAGACUCAGGCAGAUAUUCCAGUUGCCUCUUCAAAUGUAAUUGAAGACAAGACUUUAGCUGAUGUUGAGACAAAGAGAACUAAUGAACCCAAGAGCUGCCUUCAACAAGCUGUUGCCAACCUCAAAAUCAAGCUUUGCAGUGCUGAAGAAGAAAAACUAAAAAUCAAAAAGGAAUUGGAACAUUUGCUGGAAAAACAUAGUGUGUUAGAAAUGGAUUUCUUGAAGGAAAAAAAAGAAAAAGUGCUUCCACAUCAAGAUCAUUACAAGACACUCCAGGAAAAGCAUAAGAAGGAAUUAGAAGACAUGAGAAAAGCUGGACAUGAAGCCUUAACUAUUAUUGUGGAAGAAUUCAAGGCAUUGCUACAAUCUACAGUUCAGCAGCAAGAAGUAGCUAUUGAAAAGCAGUAUAUAUUAACCAUUGAAAAACACUCUCACAAAUGUGAAGAGCUCCUUGAUGCUCAGCAUCAGCGACUCCUUGACAUUUUGGAAGCAGAAAAGGAAGUGUUAUCAGAAAAGAUAGAAGAAGCUAUGAUGCAGCAGUCACAAAAGCACAAGGAAGCGCUGGACAAAUGUUUGGAUGAAGAAAGGCAGAGAAGCAAGGAGGCUCUGGCAGCUGCUGCUAAGGCUGAAAAACAAGUAAUGCAGGAAGCUGUUCUGAAAGCAGUAGAGGAGGAGAGGAGAAAUAUGGAGAAGAUUCAUGCAGAAGAAAGAAAACUCUGGGAAGCAGAACGUGAUAGUCACAGAGAGAAGAUUGCCCAGGCUGUUUCAGAAGCCAUGCAAGAGCAAAGAAAGCAGAAUCAGGAAAUGGUCAAGGAAGCAUUAAUGGAGGAGCAGAAACGAAGUGAAAAGGCAAUUGAAGAAGCAGUGAAAAGGACAAGAGAGGAACUGAUGGAAUAUAUUACAGAGCAGAAGAGGCUUGAUGAAGUUGUCCGUCAGAGAAAUCUGCAUAGUUUGGAACUUUUCCUUUCAUGUGCACAGAAACAGUUAAAUGUUUUAUUAAAGGACGAGCCAGCCCCAAAGGAAAACAGAGACUGAUAUUCUCAGUGCUGAUGAUACAGUGUGAUUUGUGAAGCUGCAAAAAUUCUAGCAAAUGAUGAAUAUAUUCCAAUCUUUUUGGGUUGUACCAUUGAAUCGAGAUUGAUCUGAAAUGCUUGGUAGAAACGUUCAUGGAUGAUGUUCUUUUAUUUAUUUAUUUAUUUUAGUACUAUUAUCAGAUAGAAAACAUGAGAGAGAAAAAGAUCCUUGGAAAAAAACCUUUAGGAUUUUUCUUUCAUGAUAUUUUCUAGUAGCCCAUGGUUGAAGUUCUAGAUAAUUGCAGCGACAAUGGAAACAUUUCCCAGUUAUGUCUGUUUUAAAUUUGGUGCCAUGGGUUAAUGUGAUUCACUCUUAUUUUUGGUAUUUUAAAAAAUGUAGAUGAACAUUUUCUUGGUUAUAGAUACAAAUUCAUCUCUAUUUCCAAGGUAUCUGCCCAAGUCCAUUGCCUCAGGUGAGCCUGAGUUGCUUAGUAUUUCUAACUUCUUUUCAUGUAUAACAGAAGAAUCAGUACUGAAACAUAAGAGUGUUGUCAGGCAUUUCUUAAGUCAUUUAUAAACAAAUCCAGCUCUAGGAAGAGAAAAAUUUACAAACUAAACAGUGCAUCUGAUUAGGGUGAUGCAAAAACAUUGCCAUGACCAAUGUAUAGUGUGUAUUUUAUUUCUGUUUUAUAGAGCUAGUUGAAUUCCAAAAGUCAUUUGCUCAUGAAAUUACGAUUAAUGUGACUGACCUCAGUUUCAGGAAGAAGAUGUAUGUAAUUAUGUGGAGACUGAUACUGCACUGCCUCAGUGGAAUUUCUGACAGAAUAAGGAGUGCAGCUUGCUGACCUCACAUGCCCUUUCUAAGUGCAUGGAAGGAAAUAGAAAAACUCCCCACUGACAUUAUUGGACUUUGGAUCAUUCAUAGGUCUUUCUAGUCUUGCUAACAGCAGAUGGAGUGGAAUUUCUGUGCCUACACUCUAUUGAUUGUAGAACUGGGGCCUUAGGUGUAGAAGAGCUCUGAAUGAAAUAGGGGAAAAUAAGUGUUCAUGCUUAGGUAUGCAAAUAAACUAAGAAUGAUCUCUCUUAUGGUGAGCUUA